UAACACAAAGGACGGAGCACGUGAUGCAGAGCCCAAGCACAGGGGCUAAGCGCAUCACCGACCGCUUGCCAGAAAGAUUUCUUCCCCGUCACUGAUGCUCGGUCUGCAUUUGAUAUUAUUCCUUUCUUCCUCCUCUGGUACUCGGCAAACUCGCACAAACCCUCCUUGUCCCUUCUUUUCCUCCGUAUAAAGAGGACAAGUCACGACAGCUAUAGGCUAAGAGACCUCCAAAAGUUGCUAGAGACACCCGAUAACGCGCGCGCUCUGAGAGAGAUAGAGAGAGAUGGCGGACUGGGGUCCGGUGGUGAUAGCGGUGGUGCUGUUCAUACUGCUGAGCCCGGGGCUGCUGUUUCAGCUGCCGGGGAAGAUGAGGGUGGUGGAGUUCGGGAACAUGCAGACGAGCGGGCCCGCCAUUCUCGUCCACACCAUCAUCUUCUUCUGUCUCAUCACCAUCUUCCUCAUCGCCGUCGGCGUCCACAUCUACACCGGAUAGUCCAAACCGAUCCGGGCGCUCUUCCUUUUAUUUUCUCCUGUGAUAGUCGCUUUUGAUUGGUUUUAUUGUGUUGUGAUCCUGUUCCGCUUCAUUUUUUUCUUUGUUGGGCUUGUUUGCUUGAUUUUAGUCGAGUGUAGCCGAGUGAUGAAGAUGCUAUGACAAAGAUCUCUGCUCUAACUUGGGUCCGUGCUGUUUCUUCGGCCGAUGCCACAGAGAAUGCCAGGGAUCUUCUCUUGAGAGUUUUCUCUGCCAUGCUAUCACCCUCUGAAUAGUUAACUCGCAGACAAUAUAUGACAGUGCACGCAUAUGACUAUUGAUUCA